GAGAGAGAGAGAGAGAGAGAUUGCGAGAGCGAGUCUCUGUGCGUCGGACUCGGCUCGCCAGAGGAGCCGCAGACGGACGCGUGCGACGCGCAACUUGAGACGAUCCCCGUCCAGACGUCCGUCCUCUCAGGGCCCAGAGACUCUCCUCCCAAGUGCCGGCGAGCAAGAAGCGAGGUGAAACCCGGAUUGAUCGGCGGCGGCUCUGCAGGCUAUUCAACCUUCUUUGAAACGCUGAAUGAGGAUCGCCCUAGAGAAGAAGACAACGAACACAGCCGAAAGAAGCCUGGGGACAUAGAAGAAUAUAUUGAGUAGUGUGGGGAAACGGGAAGAAAGGAGUGACUGGCACUUGCCCUCUAGCUAAGUCAUAGGUGCAGAUUGAAAGAGUGACAGGUGGGUGAUAAAACGGGGGAAAACUGCAGAGAGAAUGAAGACUGACUGGAAACAAGGACUGCCUCACAGCAACUCUUGCUCCAAUUAGGACAUCUUCCCACAAGACAAGAUGAUUACAAGUAAUCUUCUAUUGGUUUCCAUGUGCCUGUGGGAGGUGCUGUCAGGAGGAGUUUUUGCCAGCAAGGUUGUGUGGAUGAGAGGAGUAGGUGGGUCGCACAUGAUGAAGAUGGAGGAGAACAAAGCUACGGACCAAUGGGAAGCAAGCAGGGACACAAAUGUGAUGCCAGUGGUGACUCUAAGAAAUCUGAUUAGUCACGCACUGCCAAGUGACACUGGAUCGUACGCCAAAGAGCAGCCUAAUCACGCCGCUCCGUCGGCCGCCAUCAAAGAAAGGCAAGCUUUCAAGCCUAAGCAUGAGGUCGAUACUGUUAGCAAGAAAGAGGUCAGCCACCACAAGGAGUUAAGUCCGAAUUCAAAGAAAGCUAAGAACACGACAAAGAAUGUUGAGACUAAAACAGGCAAAACAAUCAUACUGCAUCACAAGCUGGACUUGCAUUCUAACAAAACCCGAUUCAGAUCAAGUUCAAGAUCAAAAGGCAGACCUGAUUUGAACAUCUACGCAACAGGCAUUCCUGGGAAAGUGAUAAGCAUUGAGUCAAACCGAAAACUGAACCUCAGCGGAAGUUCGGAAGUACUGAAAGUGCUGUCUAAAGAAAACCUGGUGAGGAUAGUCAAUUCCCAGAUGCAGAAUGUUCCCAGCUUGAACUUUCCAAGCAAGGGCAGCCGGAGCAGAAAGAGAGAUUUGAUUGACGUUAAUCACGGACAGUUAGAGACUCUGAAAAUAUCGAGACAAGACAUGUCUGUCACUGGCUCUGAUAACCAGACUGCAUUUCCAUACAAAAGUACAGUCACCGCUCCCGAGCUUAAUCAAGACCAUAGUACUGACACAAUUAAUCCUAUAGUGGAAGUCCCGAGUUUAAGUAACGGGCAGGAAGCUUUGGGAUUACUAACCUCAGAUGGCGGUGAAAACAAGAGAAAACGGGGUCUAUUCAGGUCAACACCUCUUGACACAGUCAGUCUGAGCUCAGAAAAAGGAAUAACAAUCAACCCAACAGAAUCAGCUCUCAAACUGACAAAACAUUUCCCAGUGUAUGUUCCCUCUGAAACAAAUGGUGCCACUCCAUCUGUGCUGACAAUGCAGCCCCAAGGACUCAGACCUGGGAACAGAACGGCAGAUUCCCGCAGAGACCCAUUAACGGAGUCAGUUCACACUGCUCAAACAGAGCUCAGCACAGCUCACUACUCAGCAAAUGAAGAGAAAAAGCUUGUCAACAGCACUCAUAUCCUAAGGCUCCAUCCAGCUCCCGAAUGGAACCAUGAUGCAAGAGGUGCUGAGACGCAGGUGGAUGAUCCAGAACAUGGGAAUAACUUGGUAUUUGAAGAAGCAGAGUCGGAGGACCAGGCAGUUGAUUCCGUGGAACCGAAGAGGUCUCGCUCUCGGAGCAGGAGAAGUUGGAUAUGGAACCAGUUCUUUGUCAUCGAAGAAUACGCCGGGCCUGAACCUGUCCUCAUUGGCCGGGUAAGAAUAUGUUCUCAUUUAAUUGAUCAUAGGGUCUUAUUAAUAACACAGUUGAACUGCAAAGCCCUUACAUGGAAUUGUACCUCAUGUGCCCGUAGGUAA